AUUAGCCAGAUGUUUACAUCAGUUAGGACGAGAACAAGAGGCACAGCAGUGUCUCGAGGAGUUCAGAAGGCAGCACCCUGACCACAGGGCCUCGCCAGCUUGUACCACCCUGGCCAAUGAUAUUGCUACUUCCAUUUUACAUCAGCAAGGAACAAGUACCGGAAGUAAUGGUGACGGAGACAGUGAUGAAGAGGGGCUCCUUGGUAGUUUCCCAACUCCAAGCAAUCAAGAGCAAGAUUGGCGUACCCAUGCUGCUGAUUACUAUAACUCUUACUGUGGCCACUGUAACACAACCACAGACAUCAAGGAAGCUGUUUUCUUGGGAAAAGAUGGACAGUUUAUUGCUGCCGGCUCUGAUGAUGGUAAUUUGUUUGUGUGGGAUCGGCACACAACCAACCUUAUUCGUGUUAUACCGGGUGAUGAGUCCAUUGUUAACUGUGUGCAGUGCCAUCCUCACUCUUGUCUUCUGGCAACAAGUGGCAUUGAAUCAGUUGUCAAACUCUGGGGGCCACUUCCACAGCUGGACGUUGACAACGAGCCAUCCCUAGAUGUAGAAGAGAUAGCCCAAGCUAACCAGCAACGCAUGGGUGCCGACCCAUUAGAAAUGAUGCUCAUGCAUAUGGGUAACAUGGCACAUGUAUUUGGAGGUGGUGUUGGAGGUGGGAGUGGAGGAGGUGGAGGGACUGGGGAAGGAAGAGGUAAUGGAGGAGGCAGACCGGGUCAAGGCAAUGAUAAUCCUCCCCGGGACCCAUCACCUGGGGGACUCAAUGACCGCAAUAUGGCUGAUGUCCAGUGUCGUACCAGCUGAGACUGAUCAAACGUAAGCCCUUUGCUGGCACUCUCCUCCAGAAACAAGACUGUGAUGGACUCCACUGACUUUGGUCUGAAUUCUGAAGAACCUUUUAAUAAAUAAUUUAGUUACUGUAUGCCUCAGCAUUAGCAGUCAUUGAGUAGUGUGACUGAUUAAGUACCAAAGAAUGUUUUCUGAAAUGGUUACUUCAGACUAUGGACCUUUGUGGCAGGAGUCUCCCUAGGUAUAGAAUCCUUACCAAGUGACUUGUGGCAGAGAAGAUAAACUAAACCAAUCCUAGAGUUUCACUAGAGCCUUUCAAAAUAGGGGUCUUCAAGCUAUAGGGAACCAUCCCUAAAUUUGUAGUGCAGUGAAUAAGACAGCCCUAAAUACAUAUAUAAGGCCUGAACUUUCAUGGCUAUUUGGUUUUCUUGUCAGUAAGGAAAUGUUCACAACUCAGGAUCAACAUUGGUAUUUUCUCUUGCUUGUUUAUAUAUCUAUAACUGUUAAGCUGUCUUCUGCUUCCCAGUGGGGUGAAUCAUGCAUUUUCCUUCAUACAUGCCUGUCCUUGCAUAAUUUUAUAAACCCAUUCACAGUAACAACCUGCAGAUUCCAGUUUUCCAUAUGUUCUUGGUCACUAUCUUCCCUGUGUAUCCACAACUUCAUCAUCAUGACUCUGCAUCUAACUUUCCCAUGUUCUGAAACUUCCUCACAACUUGCUUGAUGAACUGUUCAGUAUUUCUCUCAUUCUGUCUGUUCUUCUCAUAUCCUCAUUAUUCUUUGUUAUCUCUUAUUUUACUCUUAUAUCUUACAUGAUACAUAUCUGCUGAUGUAACUCACUUUAAUGCUUCAUCAGGACAUUGUCUCAUAUCCAUUCAUCAGGGUAGUCUAGCCUCAUGUAUUUGAGCUAAUCAUAA